AUGACGACAGCCGCUCUGUGUCUGCUGGUCCACAUCGCCCGUAUUAAUAGUAGCAUCAGAUAUACUGUGCUUCUUGAGGGCAACAUCAGCCGCAGAUCUCGUAGCAACAUCAGCCACAGAUCUCGUAGCAACAUCAGCCGCAGAUCUCGUAGCAACAUCAGCCGCAGAUCUCGAGGGAACAUCAGCCGCAGAUCUCGUAGCAGCAUCAGCCACAGAUCUCGUAGCAACAUCAGCCGCAGAUCUCGUAGCAACAUCAGCCGCAGAUCUCGUAGCAGCAUCAGCCGCAGAUCUCGUAGCAACAUCAGCCGCAGAUCUCGUAGCAACAUCAGCCGCAGAUCUCGUAGCAACAUGAACCGCAGAUCUCGUAGCUACAUCAGCCGCAGAUCUCGUAGCAACAUGAACCGCAGAUCUCGUAGCUACAUCAGCCGCAGAUCUCGUAGCAACAUCAGCCGCAGAUCUCGUAGCAGCAUCAGCCGCAGAUCUCGUAGCAACAUCAGCCGCAGAUCUCGUAGCAGCAUCAGCCGCAGAUCUCGUAGCAACAUCAGCCGCAGAUCUCGUAGCAACAUCAGCCGCAGAUCUCGUAGCAGCAUCAGCCGCAGAUCUCGUAGCAACAUCAGCCGCAGAUCUCGUAGCAGCAUCAGCCGCAGAUCUCGUAGCAACAUCAGCCGCAGAUCUCGUAGCAACAUCAGCCGCAGAUCUCGUAGCAACAUCAGCUGCAGAUCUCGUAGCAACAUCAGCCGCAGAUCUCGUAGCAACAUCAGCCGCAGAUCUCGUAGCAGCAUCAGCCGCAGAUCUCGUAGCAACAUCGGCAGCAGAUCUCAUAGCAACAUCAGCCACAGAUCUCGUAGCAGCAUCAGCCGCAGAUCUCGUAGCAACAUCGGCAGCAGAUCUCAUAGCAACAUCAGCCGCAGAUCUCGUAGCAACAUCGGCAGCAGAUCUCAUAGCAACAUCAGCCACAGAUCUCGUAGCAGCAUCAGCCGCAGAUCUCGUAGCUACAUGACCCGCAGAACCUGA